AUGCCGCCACAGCAGUGCUGGCUUUGUCACACUUCAGAGACUCCCGCCAAGAAUGUUGGGCUUGUUGCAGAAACGCUGCUCUUGGCAUCUUUGACCGGCUCCUCACAAAGGCUCCGCUUGCUUGACCCUGAAGAUCACCUGCUUGCAGAUUCCUAUGUGGGGCAGGAGGAGUCUCCCGAGAUGCAGCAGGCGUCACAGAACAAACGCCGGCUCUCCGUCAUCUCAGAUGGCAAGUUUGAGCGGAGCUUCUCCGAGGAGCAGCCGGAGAAGAUGCCAAGCGAGGGCUCCAAGCCACGAGUCUACACGAUCUCCGGCGAGCGACCAAUGCUGUCGGAGCACGAGAAUGAGAGCGUGGAGCUGGUGGUGAUGAAGGGGGCCGCCUCAGAGGAGUGCCAGCACAGCGGCGCCGGCGGCCCUCACAGCACCAGCCGGCCCUGCAAGGGCUGGCCGGGCAGCCGGCAGGGCUCCAAGGAGUGCCCCAGCUGCACCCGCCUGGCUGCCCCUGCCCAGCAUUCCUUCGACCUGGAGCAGCAUCAGUCCAGCGAACCCGGGUGGCACAGGAAGCGGCUGGAGAGGAUGUACAGUGUUGAUCGAGUGUCUGAUGAUGUCCCUAUACGGACCUGGUUCCCUAAAGAGAACCUCUUCAGUUUUCAAACUGCUACUACAACUAUGCAAGCCAUCUCGGCAUUCAGGGGCUGCGCAGAAAGGAAGAGACGGAAACGAGAGAAUGAUUCGGCAGCUCUAAUACAGAGGAAUUUUCGGAAGCAUCUCCGCAUGGUGGGGAGCCGAAGGGUUAAAGCACAAACAUUUGCCGAACGGCGUGAGAGGAGCUUCAGCAGGUCCUGGAGUGACCCGACUCCCAUCAAAGCUGAUUCCUUCCAUGACUCUCGAGAAAGCCAUAACCUUCAGGAUUCUUGUGGCACUUUGGAUGGUGACUUUGACUUGAACUGGGAAGCAGAAAAGGAGAUUGAAGCCAUGGCGUGUGAUGGAGAAGACUUUAUUCCACCAAAAAUAAUGCUCAUUUCUUCCAAGGUGCCCAAAGCUGAAUAUGUCCCAACGAUUAUCCGCAGGGACGACCCUUCCAUCAUCCCCAUUCUCUAUGACCAUGAACAUGCCACCUUUGAUGACAUCCUAGAGGAAAUAGAGAAGAAACUUAACAUUUAUCGGAAAGGCUGCAAGAUCUGGAAGAUGCUAAUAUUUUGCCAGGGCGGUCCUGGUCACUUAUAUUUGUUAAAGAACAAAGUUGCCACCUUCGCCAAAGUGGAGAAGGAGGAAGAUAUGAUCCUCUUCUGGAAGAGGUUGAGCCGGCUAAUGAGUAAAGUCAAUCCUGAACCAAAUAUCAUUCACAUCAUGGGCUGCUAUGUUCUUGGAAACCCCAAUGGGGAGAAGCUAUUUCAGAAUCUGAAAAACUUAAUGAAUCCUUACAGGGUUGCCUUUGAGUCUCCACUUGAACUAUCAGCUCAAGGUAAGCAAAUGAUUGAGACUUACUUUGACUUCCGCCUUUACCGCCUCUGGAAGACCCGUCAGCACUCUAAGCUCUUGGAUUAUGAUGACAUUUUAUGAGCUGGAGAAGACUUUGCCAAGAAGAAGUUGAUCACCAGUGUCCAAGAAGUCAUGCCUACUGCAGAGAGACUUUUUUAUUGGCACAGGGAGCCCUUCAAAGCCCUAGAGGAGGCAGCAGUGCUAAAGGAAGGGAAGAAGGAGCCCUCAGAAACUUAUCAAGAGGAAAGUCUCUUGAGUCAAGAGAGACUGGAGGGAAAGGGUUUGGCACCUCGCUCGCCUCGGGGCAGAGCUGUGGUGUCUCAGGAGGAGUUGAGUGACAUGAGGACAGGAUAGAGUUCCUUGUAGAACUGAGCUGUUUUGGGUCAGAAUGGGCCAGAUUUGAUUCCAGGUCCUUUUAAAGACUUUUGAAGCUCAGGUUUUCUUACAAAAA